UCUUCUCUUGUUUUAUAUUCACAGAGUUUGUUGUCAUCUGCCAAAAUUUUCUAUCUACUGAACUCACAGGAACCUCAAAUUUUACCUGCCAAUAUCAUGUCCACUGAGAUUGACGUCUGGCAUUAAGAUUUUUGUAGUACUGGAAACCCUAUUUCCAGCCCCCACACAAAAAAUUCAGUUUUGAAAUUUGUUGCCUAACAAAUUCCUCGAACAUGAAAUUGGAUAGUACUAGUGGAUAUUGCUGACUAAAGAUAGAUUAUAAUACUUGCUGGGCUGCAACAAUUUGAACCCUGAACUGAACCUCAGGAACUCAAAAUCAAACGAAAUGAAGAACCUGAUGAGAGGAUCCCGCUGUGAGAAGAGGAUUUCUACAGAUGGAUUAUCAGCUGAUGAGGCCUUAGGACCAAAGGCUGCAAUUCCCUUCAAGUGGGAAGAAGCUCCAGGCAAAGCAAAACCCAAGGAAGAAGGGGAAUUGGCUGUUCCCCAUAUCAAACAGGAUGGUGAGUUAUACAACCAGUUGCUUUGUAAGGGAGAUAGCAUGGGGCACUCCUCUGGAUCGCUGUACAGUUCGAUCGAUGCUGGGUCCAUUCCAUUUGAGUGGGAAGAAGAACCAGGAAAGCCCAAAACUCCAGCUCGGGAUGAAGGAAUGUUGCCCCUCAAUCCUCCCCCAGCUCUUCAGUCACCUGACCGGAUUGGCUCUCCUUUUAGGGCCUCUGCUUCCCCUGUUAGGGGCUCUACUAGUCGCAGAUGGCACUCUCAAAACUUAAUGAAAUGGAUGUUCCAUAACCAACGGAACAAGGUGCCCAAGGAUUCGAACUCGGGCACUGUCAAAACUCAUAUUUCUGUUUCUCAGGAAUUAGGAUCCUCUAAAUCGAGCAGGAUUAGUGAAUUUCCAGCCAGUUUUCUUCGCGCAAAGAGCUCUCAUGGCAGAUUGGAGUUCACUUCUAAAAUUUCUUCCUCCUCAAAUUCUUCCCAGACAGAAUCUGGAAGAAUAGGUUCAUCUCGUCGAGGAUACUGGUGGUCGCUGCAUACAAGUAAUAACAAAUCAAGUAAUUUGUGUAACCCUAACCCUACCGAACAUCACAUCUCAGAUGAACAGAAUGCAGCAGAAAAAGGAGCUGAUCUUGCUCAAAAGAGUAAAGAUGAUAAUGAUGAGAAUUUAGCAAGUGAAGGAGAGGAAAGCCUAGACUUUCACGAUGUCAUUGCAGAGAUUCUCAAAUCUGAAGUAGUGAAGGAAGAAAUGAAGUCCACAAUAAAUAAUGGUGAUAAAAAGGAAGAAGUGACUCUCCAGAGAACAGCUGAGACGAACAUGGAAUUGGAAAUUAUGAUGAGAUUUGCACAGAUCAAUGUAGGGAAGAAGAAAAUUGUGCAGAGGCACGCUUACAAAAUUUCAGAUGCAGCACAGCCUGGAGGCUUCUUCCAUUGUCUGCCUUUGUGUUUAUUUGCACCACGGCGAGCCAAGAUAUAUGAAGAUUGCAUGGAUUCCAUCACUUCACACUAUAAUGCAGUUUCUAAGAGCAACCUCGAUCUUGAGAGAGGAUUUUGAUGUACAUCUUUAAUCAUGUGUUAAGCAAUCAAUUAGUGUUUAAUGUAUGUCUAGAAGAGGAGUUAUUGUAUGUAGAAGAGGGGUAGGAAAUAAAAUUGAAGAGUUUUUAGUUUGAAUUCUUCCAAACAAUUUGUGUAUGCAUGCUAGGUACUCAAAUCACAGGUCAUAAUCUUGAGAGAGGAUUUUGAUGUACAUCUUUAAUCAUGUACAUGUUAAGCAAUCAACUAGUGUAAUGUAUGUCUAUGAGAAGAAUUAUUAAACAUAGAAGAGGAGUUAUUGUAUGCAGAA